AUGUCAGCGAUUGACGACACUCCCCUUGCCGCCUCGCCGCACGAGCGCCGCAAUUCCCUGGAGAAGCACCUACAGAUGCGACCGGACAUGCAGGACCUCAAGAACCGCCAUAUUCUGCUGGACACCAAUGUCGCCCCGGCUCUGCAAGCUGCUCAACAGGACCUCGAUCGCCAGCGCGCUUCGGACAGCCUGAAGAAGAAUCUGGAGAAGAGACCUGGACGGGAUCAGCUGGUGGAGCGUAAUUCUCCCUUUCCCUCUCUGUCUUGCCUACAACCGUUGCUAUCUUGCUAUCCUUACAGCCCCGUACUAACUAGCAAAGGUAAUAUCCUUCCCGCCUCGACUGCUGCCCCGGCGCUGCAGGCCAAUGCCAAAGAACUUGAGCGACACAUGCUGGCCGACAACCUGGAACACAAGAUUCAGAACCGACCGGAGCCAGAGGAGCUCAUUACACAGGGUAUCCUCUCCGAAGACGAAGACCCGCGCUCCGCUUGA